AUGCGGCCGAUAUUCUCGGUCCUCCAGCAGGCUGCUCCGGUGGCUUGGACGCUGCCUGCUCGAGUUGUCCGCAAUAGCGGUCCAGCUUGGAAGUUGGAUUCAAUCUGCGCACGAUGCCGUCUACAACAGAAGCGCCAAUUCACCAAGACACGCCAGCUGACUGAAAGUUUGUUGAACGUGGACCAUCCGGCUAAGCUUGUACGAGUGAAUCAGAAGCAUGGCCCUGGCCUUAUCAUUCUGGCUUUAAUCCCAAUUAUUUCCUUUGCGCUGGGAUCGUGGCAGAUUCAGCGCCUAGACAGGAAGACCAAGCUCAUUGCGAAAUUUGAGGACCGUCUCGUCCGACCUCCGCUUCCGCUGCCGCCUCGAGUCGACCCCGAUGCAAUCUCCGAAUUUGACUACCGCCGCGUCUACACCACCGGUCACUACCGCCACGACAAGGAGAUGUUGGUUGGACCCCGCAUGAAUGAGGGCGAAGACGGAUUCCUUGUUGUUACACCCCUUGAGCGUGGAGAUGGCCAGAGCACCGUCCUCGUGAACCGGGGUUGGAUUUCUCGGAAGAUGAUGGACAAGAAGGACCGGCCAAAUGGGCUGCCGGAGGGAGAGGUGACCGUGGAAGGCUUGCUACGUGAGCCGUGGAAGAAGAACAUGUUUACGCCGGAGAAUAAGCCUGAAGAGGGCAAGUUCUAUUUUCCUGAUAUCGAGCAGAUGGCCGAGCUAGGUGGAAGCCAGCCUGUGUGGAUCGAAGAGACCAUGGUGCCCGACCUUCUCGAGUCGUAUGAUCGCACAGCCAAGGGCAUUCCCAUUGGCCGUGCACCCGAAGUCAACUUGAGAAACAAUCACGCCCAGUACAUUUUCACAUGGUACGGCCUGUCUCUGGCCACGUCCAUUAUGUUGUGGAUGGUCGUGCGGAAGAAGCCGAACGAGGCCAUGCGCCGCGUGCGCCAGAACCGAAAUUGGUAG